UCCCAACUGUCAGUGACAUGUGCUUCCUGAUUCCAUCAGGAAGAGUGGCCUCCCUCUUGACAGAUAGCUCCUUCAGCUUAGCUGCCAAACCACAAAGCUAGAUAUCAUUUUGUUACACCUCCCAUUUUUUGAUUGGAAUCUCUGCAAUAGCAGGGUUUAACUAUGAUGAUAGAUCAAGGGCACCAACAUGGCAGCUACAUUUUGUGAAGACGAGAGCCUCAGGAGUAGAAGGAUUUUAAAAGAACAGUUUAAACUGUGUGGCUUUAAGAUAGAGAAAGAAGUCACAGAUUUGUACCUUGGUGAAAAAGGACUAAAAGAAGUUCCCGAUUUAUCCCAGUUCAAGAUACUAACAUAUUUAUGGGUAAACGAUAAUAAGAUUCAGAAUCUGGCUUUCUUGAAGCACAACUUUUGCAUGGCAGAACUAUACCUUAACAAUAAUGAGAUCAGAACUAUAGAAGGUGCUCUGAAACACAUGCGUUCCUUGAAGAUCCUGUUUCUACACAACAACCAGCUGAGAAACCUAGAGACAUCUGUGAAAGAGCUGCAUAGAAUGAGAGGUUUACAGACCUUGAACCUGUUUAAUAACCCUCUGUCACUAGAUCCUAGAUACCGUCUGUAUGUAAUAUAUCAUAUUCCCUCAGUAACACUACUUGACAGAAAAGAAGUAACUGGAAAAGAAAGAGAAUCUGCUCUGCAUAUUUACAACCACAAGAAGACGCUUGUUCUCCAGUCUAUAGGAUUUGGGAAGAGAGUUGAUGUCCCGCUGUUGCCUAAACCAAGAUUUAGAUUCCCACCUAUCAAAGUGUUGCAUGUGCCUCCAGGUUGCGAAUUUGGAAAUCACCUGGUUAAAAUUCCAUUUGAAAAUCCAGAAGAUGCUGUCCGUCUGAGGGCCAUGAAACGCUCUCUGGUGGAGUUCUCAACUGUGGACUGGGGGAAAAUGCCUACCUAUGAAGAAAGGCGUCUUGGCAGCCAUCCAGAAAAAAGACUUGAGAAACUGACAAUCAGAUUCAGAUAAGAGCAUCUUUGCUUUGAAAGCAGUGCCCUUUAAGAACCCAUCUUACUUUUACUCCUAUUAAAUGUUCUCAUGACUCCCAGUUAAUGACA